AGGGGCGGGGCGUUGGCGGGUCGCGGUGUCUGGGACGCGGCGUCUGGGACGCGGCGCGGCGCCGGGCGCUCCUGCCCCGGCCUGAGGGAGCCGCGGCUGCCGCCGCUCCGGGCGCUCCGCUCCGGGGGCGCUCCGUUCGGGAUGGCUGCGAUCGCUCGGGCGCAGAUGGCGCCCGCGGGCGGAGGGCAGGGACGCGGCGGUGCUCCCCGCAGAACCAGCACCGCCGGGCUCAGCGGCCUUCCCCGGCCCGGUGGAGUCCGCCCGGCGGGUGACGCGGGGCUGGAGAGAGCUGGAGUCGCUCCGUUCUGCAGCAGCAGGUUUCUAAAGGCGCGCAGCGGCACUGGCAGCCCCCGGUGCCCGGUGCCGGGGAGCGCUGCGCGGGCAGCGAGCGGGCUCGGGGGACGGAGCAGCCCGGGCAGCGCUUCCCCGGCGCGGUGCAGCCCAGCGCUGCGGAGAGCGGCGCAGCUGGAGGGCAGGAUCGCGAACCGCAGGAAGCAGGCGGACCCGCAGAACACUGCGGGCCAGCAGCCUUCGGGUGGAGAGUCGUCCCGGUCCGCUGCCGGUCGUGAACACAGUGCGGGGGGCAGGAGGCGCCUGAAGAAUGCUGCUGCCACCGGUGGAAAUAAAACACCCGGUAGUGCCGGAUUGAAGGAAGAGGAGAACAUCCAGAGCCCUAAAAGGAAUGUCGUGGUUACGCAGCACCUUCGUUUGGAUAGUGGUGACGAGGACAUGAGAGAGCUGACGGAGAGCUCGUUGGAGUUUUCCAGCAGCAAUGCCAAUCGGAGGGCUGUUGUAAGUGAUUCUCAACGGGGUAGAAAGAGGGGUAAGACUCCAGUUCCAUCAGGAAUGGCUCCUCCGUCCCAUCAAGAAGUUUCCCUGGCAGAGGGAUCUAAACCAUCUUUGGUUCGCAGCAAAGACCCAGAGAAAAGUGCUGUUGGUAGAGUUAACUCCGCACCAGCCAGCGGAAACCCAGCAGCACAACGUAAAACGAGCUCUGAGUCGCCACCGGCUUCUGUAAAGGUGACUCUGCCUGCAACACGCGACACGAAGCAAAGCCAAGUGUCACUUCAGAGUGAGAGAAGUGAAAUAAAAUCACUAGAUGAAUUGUUUUCAGAAGCAGCUGAUGGAGAAGAUUCAAUCAGCAGCAGCUCAUAUGACUUCAGACUGAAUAUCCUGAGCCUGGAUGAUUUGGCACCAAAUAUCAGCAGUGAGGCAGCGGAAUUAAAGCAGAAAGAGACAGACAUUCAAAUUACCCAAGAGUCAAAGAGAGACUCGAAAAAAGGUUCAUUCCUGGUGGUGAAGGACCAAGUUUCUCUUCAAAUGAGAAGUGCAGCACCUGGUGCGAAUGAUGCUUCCGAACGGGACGCUGAGAGAACUGUGACUGAAGCUGAAAUCUCUGAGCACUUAAGUGGAGUUUCUGCAGAUUUCCCAGGACACAAGCAGGAUGAUUCUGAUGACGAUGAGAGAACCAUUAAUUCAGAAUAUUCUGACGACUUUGAGAGGUCUCAGUCUACAGCAGACGGGGAAGGCGUCUCAGAGACGCCGGGGCAGCAUUCCGAGAGCCGCACGUGUUCCGGAGAACGCGCGUCUCCAGCAGCGCCACCUCCGCGCACCACAGAACAGCCCCGGCAGGCGCACAGGGUGACUGUCAGAGAAACCGCGGUGCAGACGGCGGAUUUGCCAUUCGCCUAUUGCUGGGCAAAGACAACCCCGGCCGCGCUGCUUGACCCACCUGUAGGGAACAGCUACGUCGACCCCGUGCCUGUUGCCAGUCACGUCAUCAGCACGGAUGCUGUAGAAGCCCUGACGGCGUACAGCCCGGCGGCGCUCGUUUUGAACGCCAUGCUGAAGCAGCACUUGAUGUUGACUCAGCAGUUUGUUGAGAACAUUCAUCACCUUCACGUAUCCGUUGUGGAGUCGCUAGAGAAGGAGAAGUUCCACUACCACACCCUGGAAGAGGCCAAGGAGUACAUCAAGACUCACAAAUCCCCACCUCUAACAACCGAGACAGCACGGGAGGAAAAAAUGGAUUGAUAUUUGAAUUUUAAAUAAAUUUUACAUUUACUGAUC